AUGGACGAUGAAUGGAACAUUCGCUUAAAAAUAAUUUAUUAUCCGCAAUCGUCUUCGUAUAUAAACUUCGAUUUGUGUAAUCUUAAUAAUAAUAACAAGAUAAUCAUUAAAUGUUCAAGUUACAUUUUGAAUAAAGACAAACUUGAAGCAUUAAAAAAUCCGGAACAACAUUAUCUGUUAACCAAAAACGAAACGGAAAUUCAUUCUUUAUCGCUAAAACAAUUAAUGGAAAAUAGAAAUGAUUACGUACCCGAUAACACUUUAACAUUUUGCCUAGAUCUUACUGUGUAUGAUGAAACUGUUUCAACUUCAAAAAAACUUGCAUUAAAUAUUCCAAAAGGUCAAAUGUCAGACGAUUACACAGAACUCUACAACACUAUGAUGGGUAGUGAUGUUAUUGUAAAGGUGUGUCUUAAAGAAUUCCGAGCUCAUAGAAGUAUUCUGAUGGCGCGAAGUCCUGUUCUGGCUGCAAUGUUUUCUCAUGACAUGGUUGAGAAAAAAGAAAAUAAAAUAUCAAUACCAGACAUUGCUCCAGUGGUCUUCGAAAAGCUCUUAAAGUAUAUCUACACUGAUGAAGUAACUGAUUUAGAUGCGUAUGCUGAGCGCUUAAUACAAGCCGCAGACAAAUAUCAAAUACAAUCACUUAAAGAUAGAUGCCAAGAAUCACUCAGUAAAACUUUAACUGUUGAAAAUGUAUUAAGCAUAAUGACUUUAGCUAAACGACACAGCGCCAAACCUCUAUUAGAAUUUACAAAUGAGUUUAUGGCAUCGAAUAUCAAAAAGGUUAUCAAGACUCAUAACUUCAGAAAAUUUAAAUUAUCAAAUCCUUCUUUAGCAUGUGGAUUAUUGGAAAAAUUUGCAUUUUGCGAGAAGUGA